AUGAAUGAAAUUCAGGUGUGGAAUAUGACUAUGUGUGAUGAUAGUGUUGUUGCAUAUGAUGUUGAUGAUAAUUUAGAUGCUGUUGCAUAUGAUCUUGAUGAUAAUCAAGAUCUUGUUGCGUAUGAUGUUAAUGAUAAUCGAGAUGUUGUUGUGCAGCUGAAUAGAGUGGUGAUCAAGAACAAGUAUCCAUUUUCGAGGAUUAUUGAUUUGAUGGAUCAUUUGGUAGGUGUUUAUGUGCUUAGCAAGAUAGAUUUUCGUUCGGAUUAUCAUCAGAUCCAUGUGAAGCCAGAAGUUAUUCCGAAGACGGCUUUAAGAGCAAGAUAUGGUCACUACGAGUAUUUAGUAAUGUCGUUUGGUGUGUCUAAUGCUCCUGAAGUGUUCAUGGAAUACAAAGAGUUGAAUAUAAGGCAUAGCAGAUGGCUUGAACUUCUAAAGGAUUAUGAUUUUAAUUUGAGUUUUCGUUUGGGUAAAGCUAAUGUUGUAGUCGAUGCGAUGAGUAGGAAGUCUUUACACAUGUUGAUGUUUAUGGUUUAUGAGUUAGAACUGAUAGAGAUAUUUAGAGAUAUGAGUUUAGUUUGUGAAGAAACUCCUAACAGUGUGAAAUCGGGUAUGUUAAAGCUGACGAAUAGUAUCUUUGAAGAGAUCAGAGAGGGUCAGAGAUCAGAUUUGUGUUUGAUUCAUCAUCUCACAUUAAUCAACCAAGGUAACGAAGGUGAUUUUCGAGUUGGCGAGAAUGGUGUGAUGAGGUUUAGGGAUAAAGUUUGUGUUCCUGAUGUACGUGUACUUGAGAAGGACGAAAGGUCAAAUCGAGAGGACUAUCUAGUCUUUAGAGGAUUGCUAAGGGCUUUUAUGCUAGAACAAGGGGGUGCUUGGGAUAACUACUUGUCGUUGAUUGAGUUUACCUAUAAUAAUAGUUUCAAUGAUAGUAUUUGGAUAGCACCUUAUGAGGCGUUGUAUCGUAGGAGGCGUAUGACUCCUUUAUGUUGGUAUGAGUCAGGCGGGAGUGUUGUGCUUGGACCUGAGUUCGUUCAGUAG